UCUACUGUACAAUACCUCCCUCACGGCGCAAGUUAGCAUACACCAAUCUCCCACAAAAAGCGCGUGAAAUUCACGCGCGUGCGUGAGUCUUCCUCAUCUUGCAAUCAUAGAACACACACAAUCUCUCAUCACCGUCUUGUUCCUCCUCUCCGAUUCACCGGCGUUCCUGAUCCAUCUUCGUUUCAAUCGAAUCUUGUAAUUAUGAUGAGAAGAGAUCAAGUGCCUGUGCGUAAGCUGCCAAGCCUGGUUGAUCUUUGUGUUGAGAAAGUGAUAGACAAUUUAAGGUACCUUGGAAAUGUUGGCUCUGUUGAUCACCAUCUGCUUGAGCGAAUCUUGCCGCACUGCACACUCGAACAGUUGAUGCAUGUGGAGAAGGCUAGCGUGGGAUGUGAUCUGAGCCCUGUAACUGAUAAAUUGUGGAAAAAGUUCUUUGAGAAGCAGUUUGGCACACAUAGCACUAAUGAAGUAAUUAAGAGGAUGAGAGAGAAAAAAGUGUCAUUUAAAUGGAUGCAGCUGUAUGAGGCAAAAGUGAAGGAAAUAGCUGAGGCUGAGAAUGAAGCAGUUGCUCGAAUCAAGCAACGAUACCAGAAAGAAGAUGCAAGAAAGCAAAGUAGGCAAGUACAGCUAUGCACUAAAACUCCACCUUCGAGUAAAAAAAGAUUUUGGGGAGAUAAUGGAUACAAUGUAUCAAAUCUGAAGAGCAACAUAAUGAAGAAGUCAAGGAUAGAACUUCUAAAGAGUCAUGAGGUGAAAAAUCUUGCAGCAAUGAAGAACAAGUCCAUCCAGAGAAAUAACAGUCCAUCAAGCUUCAUGAAGUCUGGAAAUGGUUCAAGUUCAAAAGAUCCCAGAUCUGCAAAAAGAAUAUCUUAGGGAGCAGAAUGUGAAAGUUAGCAAUUCUAUGUAACAUUAUUUGCUUUUAAAUUGUGGUAAAAAAACUAAAAAUAGUUCCAUUUAUCUCCAUGCUGAGAAAAAUUGGCUUUCUUUUCCCAGUUAAGCGACUUCACUUUUGUGUGCUUUUGUACUUACCCCGUAGAUAUCAUCAAAAUAUGCUAUGGUAAUUGCUGUAAUAUAUUGAUUUCAUUAUAUAAAUGAAAUUACCAUUCGUUUCCA